AUGAACUCACCACAACCCAGCCAUGACAUUCCCGUCCCAGAUCUGGAACGAAUCUGGGGCUGGAACGCCACCGUGCCCGAGUCCGUCGACCGCUGCGUCCACGACCUCAUCGCCGAGGUCACCUCCCGGCAGCCCUCCGCCGAGGCCAUCUGCGCCUGGGAUGGCACCAUGACCUACCAGCAGCUCGACUCCCACUCGACGCGGCUCGCCCACCACCUCGUCCGCCUCGGCGUCCAACCCGGCGCCAUCGUACUCCUCUGCUUCGAGAAGUCGCUGUGGACGCCCGUCGCCAUGCUCGCCGUCAUGAAGGCCGGCGCCGCCUCCGUCGCCGUCGACCUCGUCCAGCCCGAGGACCGCCUGCGCGCCAUCGUCCAGCAAGUCGCCCCCGUGCUGGUCAUCUCCUCGGUCAAGCAGGAGCCCGUCGCCGCCAAGCUGCUAACCUCGAUGCCGGCCUCCGCCUCCGUCGUCGUCAUUGAUGACGGCCGGCUGGACCAGCUCCCCCCCCUCCAGGGCGACGACGUGCUGCCCACGGUCGACCCCAGCAGCCUCCUGUACGUCGUCUUCACCUCCGGCAGCACCGGCCGCCCCAAGGGCGUCUCCAUCCGCCACGCCAACCUCGCCUCCGCCGUGCGCCACCAGCAGUCCGCCCACGGCUUCCGCCCGGACUCGCGCGUCUACGACUUUGCCUCGUACGCCUUCGACGUCGCCUGGAUGAACGUGCUGCACACCUUCACCGCCGGCGCCGUCCUCUGCAUCCCCUCCGAGGAGGACCGCCGCGACGACUUCUCCGGGUCCAUCCUCCGCCUGCGCGUCACCUACGCGGAGAUGACGCCGACCAUGGCGCACGUGCUGGCGCCCGAGACGGCCCGCACGCUGCGCACCAUCGUGCUCGGCGGCGAGAAGGCCAGCGCCGAGGCGCUGGAGCGGUUUCCGGCCGGCGUGGAGAUGAAGAACACGUACGGCCCGUCCGAGUGCACGCCCACGUCGACCAUCACCGACAUUGACCGCGGGGUGCCGUUCUCGGGGAGCAUCGGCACGGGGUACGGCGUCAACACGUGGAUCGUGGCGCCGGAGGACCAUGAGAGGUUGGUGCCGAUCGGGACGGUCGGCGAGCUGGUGAUUGAGGGCCCGCUGGUCGGCGCGGGGUACAUUGGCGACCCGGAGAAGACGGCGGCCGUUUUCAUCAAGGACCCGCCGUGGCUGGUCCGCGGGGCGCCGGGCCACGCAGGCCGCGCGGGCAGGGUCUACAGGACCGGCGAUCUGGUGCGGUACAACCAGGACGGCGAGAUCAUCUUCGUCGGGCGGCAGGACUCCCAGAUCAAGGUCAACGGCCAGCGCACCGAGCUCGGCGAGAUUGAGCACAUCGUCAAGGAGUGCCUCGCCCUCACCACCGACGGCGAUUCCCGCGCCGUCGUUGAGCACAUCAUCCCCAGCGGCUCUAAGCGGCCGGUCCUGGUCGCCUUUCUCGAUGUCGACGAGGGAGGCUCCGAGUACUUCACCCAGCUGAAAGCCCGCGGCGUCGUCCUCGAGCAGCACCUGACCCGGCGCCUGCCCGCCUACAUGACCAUCUUUGCCCUUCUCCCCGUCGCCGGCGGCUUCCCGCUCACCGUGUCGGGCAAGCUGGACCGGCGCGCCCUGCGCGCCCGCGCCGAGGCGCUCGGCCUCGAGGAACUGUCCGCGAUGAACCCGUGCCGCACGGCGAAGCGCCCGCCGGCGACGCCCACGGAGCGGGCGAUCCAGGCGCUGUGGGCGCGCAUCCUGGACAUCAGCCCUUCCAGUAUCGGCGUCGACGACAGCUUCCUGCGCGUCGGCGGCGACUCCAUCACCGUCAUGAAGUUCGUGGCCCUGGCGCGCGAUCAGGGCCUGCGCCUAACCGUCGCCGAGAUCCUCAAAAAGCCACGUCUCGGGGACCUUGCCGCCGGCGCUGCCGCGGAGGAGACAACGGCAGAGGUGGCGCGCCCGUUUGAGCUGCUGCGGCCGGGGUUGAGCGCGGCGGACGUGCGCUUCUACGCGGCCGGGCUGUGCGGCGUGCAGACGGAGAGGGUGGAGGACGUCUUCCCGUGCACGCCGCUGCAGGAGGGCUUGCUGGCGCUGACGGCGCGGCGCGCGGGGGAGUACGUCGCGACGGAGGUGCUGCCUCUGCGGGAGGGCGUGGAUGCCGGACGGUUCCGGGCGGCGUGGGCGGCGUUCGUCGCGCAGACGCCGAUUCUCCGGACGCGCAUGAUCGACGUCCCCGGGCAGGGCAUCGUGCAAGUCGUCAUCGCCCAGGAUGGCAGUGAUGAUGCGCUGGCCAGCGGGGACGACACGCAGAGUCUUGGCGACUACGUCCGGCAGCAUGAGCAGACGCGCAUGGAGCUGGGAACUCCCCUGCUGCAUGCGCGGCUGGUCCGGCAGCCGCGGGGAAACACCCUCAUCUGGACCAUCCACCACGCCCUGUUUGACGGCUGGUCGGUGCCGCUGAUGCUCACACGGCUCGAGGCCAUCUACGACAACGUGGACGCGCCCCCGCCGCCGGCGCCGCCGUUCCAGGACUUUGUCAGACACAUCGUCAAGGCCGACCCGGCGCGGACCAAGGCCUUCUGGGAGGCGCAGGUGCGCGGCCUGGAGGCCCGGCCGUUCCCGGCCCUGCCGGCCGCCGACUACGAGCCGCGGCCGACGGCAGUGCUGAGCCGCCGGAUCACGGACGUGCAGUGGCCGCGGGCCGGCGUGACGCCCACCAUGGCACUGCGUGCCGCCUGGGCCGUCGUCAUCUCACAGUACACGAGUAAUAAGGAUGUCCUCUACGGUGUGACGGUGGCCGGUCGGCACGCUCCGGUAAACGGCGUGGAGGCCAUGGUCGGGCCGACCAUCGCCACGGUGCCGCUCCGCGUACAGCUCGAUUACGGCAAGACGGUCGGCCAGCUGCUGACCGACAUGCAGCAGCAAGCCGUGGACAUGAUCGAUUACGAACAGGCCGGCCUGCUCAGCAUCAGCCGCGUGAACGCCGAGGCGCGUACCGCCUGCCAGUUCCAAACGCUCCUCGUCGUCCAGCCCAGCAAGGCCGAUACUACCAUUGAGUAUAGCGUGUUCGCCGACGAUGAGGAGGAGGAGGGGGAGAGCGGCCCGGACUCGGGGUUCCUCGGCGCCUUUGACAGCUACGCCAUCAACAUCAUCUGCCACCUCGAGCCCAGCGGCGUCUGGCUGCAAGUCAACCACGACAGCGCCGUCUUUUCUUCAGACGCGACCGCGCGCAUGGUGGCGCAGAUGGAGCACGUGCUCCGACAGCUGUGCGUCCCGCGGAACCUGGACGGUCCGCUCGCCGAGGCCGUGACUAUCAGCGAGGCGGACGCGGCGGGAAUUCAGCGCUGGAACGCGCAGCUGCCCGAGGCGGAGGACCGCUGCGUCCACGAGCUGAUCCAGGAGACGGCGAGCAGGCAGCCGGACGCCGGCGCCAUCGACGCGUGGGACGGAAAGCUGACCUACGCGCAGCUCGAUGCCCAUGCCACCAAGCUGGCCGGUUUCCUGGCCGGCCGGGGCGUCGGCAUGGGCUCCUUCGUCCCGCUCUGCUUCGAGAAAUCUGUGUGGACGCCCGUCGCCAUGCUGGCCGUCAUGAAGACCGGCGCCGCCUCCGUCGCCAUGGACCCGGAGCAGCCCGAGCAGCGUCUCCAAACCAUCGUGCAGCAAAUCCAGCCCCGACUCCUCCUAUCCUCCACCAAGCACCAAGCCCUGGCCAACAAACUCGCCGCCUCGAGCUCCAUCCAGGUCGUCGCCAUCGACGAGGCUUGGAUGACCGCCACUCCCCUCACCUCCCCUCCUCCUCUUCCUCCUCUUCCUCCUCUUCCUCCUCCUCCUUCUCCGGCCGUCACGCCUCACACGCCGCUCUUCGUGCUCUUCACCUCCGGCACGACCGGCACCCCCAAGGGUGUCCUCGUCACCCACGCCAACAUGAGCGCCGCCCUCCGCCACCAGCGCGACUUCUUCCACUACAACACUCCACAAGCACGCGUGUACGACUUUUCCUCGUACGCGUUCGACGCCGCCUGGCUGAACCUGCUGUUCGCGCUGACCGGCGGCCCCUGCCUGCUCGUGCCGUCGCAGGACGAGCGCCGCGACGACCUCGCCGGGUCCAUGGCGCGCCGGGCGGCCACCCACGUGGACAUGACGCCGACCGCCGCGGCGCUGCUGCCGGACGAGGCGCUCCGGCGGUUGCGAGGGCUGACGCUCGGCGGCGAGCGGCUGCCAGAGAAUGAGGCGCGGCGCUGGGCGAGCUUGGUCGGGGGGCACGUGAACAACAUGUACGGCCCGAGCGAGUGUGCCGCCACGGCCACGAUCCUGCGCGUAACUCCGGACAUGGUCCCCGACAGCAUCGGCGCCGGCGUCGGCGUGUGCACGUGGAUCGUCGAUCCGGAAGAUGCCGACGCGCUCGUGCCGGUGGGCUGCGCGGGCGAGCUCCUCCUGGAGGGCCCGCUGGUCGGCCCGGGGUACCUCGGGCAGCCGGACAAGACGGCCGCCGCGUUCAUCGAGGACCCUCCGUGGCUGCAGCGGCUCGUCGGGCGCCGCGGCCGGCUGUACAAGACGGGCGACCUGGUCCGCUACCACGCCGCGGACGGCAGCCUCGUCUUCGUCGGCCGCAAGGACACGCAGGUCAAGUUCAACGGCCAGCGCCUCGAGCUCGAGGGCCUCGAGCACGUCAUCCAGAAGUGCCUGGGCCAGGGUCGGGCGGUCGUCGAAGUCGUCACGCCCAAGCAGGCCGGCAAGUCCGUGCUGGUCGCCUUUGUGGAUAUCGGCGCCGCGGACGAGGACGUCUUCUUCCGGUCCAUGCACGCGCGCCAGGCGGAGAUGGAGGACCGCCUCGCGCAGUCGCUGCCGACCAACAUCAUCAUCAGCGCCUUCAUCCCGCGCCGCGGCGGCUUCCCGCUGACCACGGCCGGCAAGAUCGACCGCCGGGUGCUGCGCGCCGAGGCGGAGGGCCUCACGCUGGAGCAGCUGGCGGCGCUGAACCCGUACCGGGCCAAGGCGGAGAAGCGGCCGCCGACGACCGAGGCUGAAAGGAUCGUCCAGGCGCUCUGGGCGUCCACCCUGGGAAUCAGCCCUGAGGCUAUCGGCGCCGAUGAUAGCUUCUUGCGUAUCGGCGGUGACUCGGUCAGCGCGAUGCGCGUGGUCGGCCUCGCACGCCAGCAGGGCGUCCACCUGACCGUGGCCGAGAUGCUGAAGCGGCCCCGGCUGAGCGACCUGGCCAAGGUCGUCGGUACGCUGGUCGAGCCGGGCCAGCAGGCCAUCGCGCCCUUGUCCCUAGUCCCGGCCGAUGCGUCAAAGACACGACUGGACGCCGCUCGGCUCUGCGGCGUGCGCCCGGAGCAGAUCCAGGACGUGUUCCCCUGCACGCCUUUGCAGGAGGGCCUGCUCGCGCUGACCGCCCGCCGCGGCGGCGACUACGUGGCGCAAGAAGUCUUCGAGAUCCGUCCGGAGAUUGACAUCCCGCGCCUCCAGGACGCCUGGCAGCGGUGGGUUGCCGGCACGCCGAUCCUACGGACGCGCAUCGUCGACCUACCCGGCCAAGGCCUCAUGCAGGUCGUCGUCGACGAGGCCUACGCCUGGCCCGAGAUGGCCGUCGCCUCCGAGGAGCAAGACGUCGAGCACUAUACGCGCAUGGACAUCCAGCACCCGAUGGGCCUCGGCGUGCCGCUGAUGCGCUUCCGGCUCGUCCGGAGUGACGACCGGCACCACCUCGUCUGGACUAUCCACCAUGCUCUCUACGACGGCUGGUCCAUGUCCCUCAUGCUGAGCUCGCUCGAAAGCACCUACAACAACAACAACAACCUCAUCCCCGCGCCGCCGCCAUACCAGGCCUUCGUGCAGCACGUCAACAGCAUCAGCCAGGACGACGUCGCCGGCUUCUGGCAGGAGCAGCUUCACGGCCUCGAAGCGCAGACCUUCCCCGCCCUUCCCUCGCCCACCUACCGCCCCGACGCCGGCCGCUCCCUCGUCCGCGCCGUCUCCGACCUCUCCUGGCCGCGCGCCGACGCCACCCCCACCGUCGUCCUUCGCGCCUCCCUCGCCGUCGUCCUCGCGCAGUACACCGGCCUGCGCGACGUCGUCCUCGGCACCACCGUCGCCGGGCGCCACGUGCCCGUCCCCGGCGUCGAGCGCAUCCUCGGCCCGACCAUCGCCACCGUGCCCCUGCGCGUGCCGCUCGACUUUUCCCGCAGCGCCGCGCACCUGCUCGCCAACCUGCAGGCGCAGAUGGCGCGCAUGAUCGACUACGAGCAGGCGGGCCUGCCGCGGAUCGCCCGGGUCGGCGGCCCGGAGGCCGCCGCGGCGUGCCAGUUCCAGACGCUGCUGGUGGUGCAGCCGGACGAGGAGACGCAGACGGCGCCGGGGCUGUUUGUCGCGGAGGCGGGGGAGCAGGAGGAGGCGAGCACGGAGCAGGGGCUGGUGGGCGCGUUCGACACGUAUGCGAUCAACAUCGUCUGCCAGCUGAAGCCAGGUGGCGUGCGGCUGCAGGUCAACUACGACGAGGCGGUCGUGUCGGAGGAGCAGAUGAAGGGGAUUGCUGCGCAGGUCGAGUUUAUGCUGCGGCAGUUUUGCAGCGCGGACCUGGACGGCAAGCUGGCGGACCUCGUCUCCCUUAAUGAGACGGACCUGGCCAGCGUCUGGGCGUGGAACUCGACGGUGCCGGAGACGGCGACCCGCGGCGUGCAGGAGCUCAUUACCGACUCCGUGGCCCGACACCCGGAGGACGUCGCCGUGUGUGCCUGGGACGGGCAGCUUACUUACCGCGAGCUCGACGCGCGGUCCACCCGGAUGGCCCAUCACCUCGUGCGUCUCGGCGUCCGGGGCUUUGUCCCCCUGUGCUUUGAAAAGUCUGUGUGGACGCCCGUCGCGAUGCUGGCCGUCAUGAAAGCCGGUGCCGCCUCCGUUGCCAUGGACCCAGCACAGCCGGAGGAACGGCUCAAAACCAUCGUCCAGCAGGUCAAGGCCACGCUGAUCCUCUCCUCCGCGAGCCAGCGAGAGCUCGUUGAUAGACUGGUCGCGUCUUCAGCAGCGAGCGCCGUGGUCGUGGACGAGGCGGCGCUGGCUCACCUCCUGGAGCCGGAGCCGGAGCCGGAGCCUUCCGCCACGCUGCCGGCCGCGAAGCCGGAGGAUCCGCUGUACGUCGUCUUCACCUCCGGCAGCACCGGCAACCCCAAGGGCGUCAUCGUCACGCACGCCAACAUCAGCAGCGCCAUCCAGCACCAGAACCAGGCCCUCGGCUUCACCCGGGCCUCGCGGGUGUACGACUUUGCCUCGUACACCUUUGAUCUCGUCUGGUGCAACCUCCUGCAGGGCCUCGCCGCUGGCGGCACCCUGUGCAUCCCCAGCGACCAGACCCGACGAGCGAACCCGCUGCAGGGCAUCGACCAGCUCUCCGCCAACGCCUCGCUGCUGACGCCCUCCACGGUGCGCGCCCUGGACGCCGCCGGGCUGGCCGGCCUGGACACGCUGCACCUGAUCGGCGAGUCGUUCCGGCCGGACGACGUCGCGCGCGUACCAGCCUCAACGGCGAUCCACAACAUGUACGGGCCGAGCGAGUGCACCACCUUUGCUACGCUGCAUCGCGUGCCCGGCAGCAGCGCGGGAGGAGAGGAGAGGGUCAUCGGCAGGGGCGUCGGCCUCGUCACCUGGGUGGCCGAGGCCGCCGACCACGACGUCCUGACGCCGGUUGGUGGCGUGGGCGAGCUACUGCUCGAGGGCCCGCUGGUGACGGCCGGAUACCUGGAUGAGCCGGGGAAGACGGCCGAGGUGUUUGUCGAGGACCCGGCGUGGCUGCUGCGCGGCGGGCCGGGACCGGACCAGCCCGGUCGCCACGGCCGGCUGUACAAGACGGGAGAUCUGGUGCGUUAUCGGCAAGAUGGCAGCCUGGUCUUCGUGGGCCGCAAGGACAACCAGGUCAAGGUCAACGGCCAGCGUCUUGAGCUCGGAGAGGUCGAGCAUGCCGUCCAGCGCUGCCUCCCCGAAAGCAAGCCCGUCGGCGUCGUGGUCGAGCUCGUCACCCCCGCCAAGGGCGUCAAGCCGAUCCUGGUCGCCUUCCUGAGCCUCGGCGCCUCUUUCUCUAUCCCGACAUCAUCAGACCCCGACGACGCGACCGCCACAGAUGCCCUCGACGCCGCCGUGAAGCCCAUCCUCGCCGGCCUCGACGACCGUCUCGCCGAGCGGCUACCCGCCUACAUGACGCCCUCCGCCUUCCUCCCCGUCCUCUCCUUCCCCCUCACCGCCAGCGGCAAGCUCGACCGCCGCAGCCUGCGCGCCCGCGCCUCCGCGCUGACCCUUGAGCAGCUCACCGCCAGCGCCGCGCCGCACUCCAAGCAGGCGGCCCGCACCGACGCCGAGCGCCGCAUGCAGGCCCUCUGGUCCGCCGUCCUCAACAUCGGCGCGGACGGCAUCGGCCGCGAGGACAGCUUCCUGCGCGUCGGCGGAGACUCCAUCAGCGUCAUGAAGCUCGUCGAGGCCGCGCGCCGGCGGGACCUCUUCCUGACCGUCGCGGACGUCUUCAAGAGCCCGCGGCUGCGCGACCUGGCCGCCAUCGCCGGCGCGCGCGGGCAGGUCCAGGUGCGGGAGGUCGCCCCGUUCUCGCUGCUCCAGGGUGGCAUCACGUCGGAGGAGGCGCGCGCCCAGGCCGCCGAGCUCUGCUCCGUGGCGGCCGGCCGGGUGGAGGAUGUCUUCCCGUGCACGCCGUUGCAGCAGGGUUUGUUGGCUCUCACGGCGAAGCGCGCGGGUGACUACGUCGGGCAGGAAAUCUUCACGCUUCACGAGACGAUUGACGUUGCCCGCUUCAAGGAGGCGUGGGACAGCAUGGUGGCCGCAACGCCGGUGCUGCGAACACGCAUCGUCGACCUGCCGGGACAAGGCAUCGUGCAGGUCGUUAUUCAAGAGCAGCUAGGAUGGCCCGAGGAGAGCGAAGACUCCGACACUCUCCCAUUGUCCGCAAAGAUUGAUCGACUUCAGCCCAUGGGUCUCGGCACGCCGCUGACCCGGUUCCGGCUGGUUCGCGAAGCCGGCCACCAUCACCUCGUCUGGACCAUCCACCACGCCCUGUACGACGGCUGGUCGCUUCUCUCCAUGCUCAACUCCCUAGAGAAGGCGUACAACGACGAACCCAUCUCCCCGGCCGUGCCCUUCCAGGGCUUCGUCGCCCACAUGAUCGACACCGACCCCGCGCAGGCCACCGCCUUCUGGCGCCGCGAGAUGGACGCCCUCGAAGCCCCGUGCUUCCCUCCCCUGCCAUCCCUCAACCACCAACCCGUCGCCGGGCGAUCCGUCUCGCGACGCAUCCGCGGCCUCCACUGGCCGCAGGAGGUCGACGUGACCCCCUCCAUCGCUAUCCGCGCCGCCUGGUCCGUCGUCGCCGCGCAGUACACCGGCGCGGACGACGUCGUCUUCGGCGCCACCGUCGCCGGCCGCAGCGCCGCCAUCCCCGGCGUCGAGGCCAUGGUCGGCCCGGCCAUCGCCACCGUGCCGCUCCGCGUGCGCCUCCACGACCGGCGCUCCGUGACGGUCGCGCAGUUCCUGGGUGGUAUGCAGGAGCAGGCCGUCCGGAUGAUCGAGUUUGAGCAGACCGGGCUGUCGCAGAUUAGCCGCGUCAGCGCGGAGGCAAAGGCGGCGUGUCAGUUCCAGACACUGCUCGUCGUGCAGCCGGUUGAGGAAACGCAGAUUGGGAGUGACUUGUUCCUCCCGGAUAGCGACGACGACGAGGCGCAGGGUUUCAUCGGGUCGUUUGACACGUACGCCGUCAACGUCAUCUGCGACUUGGAGCAGGACGGCCUGCACCUGCAGAUCACGUACGAUGAGGAGGUCAUCGCGGCCGAGACGAUGACGAGGAUGACGGCCCAGCUGGAGAAUGUCCUUCGACAGCUCUGCCACGCGGAUAACCUGCAUGCGAAGCUGGCCGACGUCGUGUCGAUUAAUUCGCUGGAUCUAGACGAUAUCUGGAAGUGGAACGGGGUCGUCCCAGAGACUCUCGACCGCUGCGUACACGAUUUGAUCAAGGAGACGGUGGACAAGCAGCCGCAAGCCAUCGCCAUCGACGCCUGGGACGGCAGUCUCACGUAUCAAGAACUCGACCAGCAGUCAACACGACUCGCUCACCGUCUAGUCGAGUUGGGGCUCCAAGUAGGCUCCAUCGUGCCUAUUUGCUUCGAAAAGUCCAUGUGGACGUCAGUGGCCAUGCUGGCGGUUAUGAAGGCCGGUGGUGCAUCAGCGGCUUUGGAUCCAGCUCAGUCCGAAGAUCGGCUGGUCACGAUUGUCCGACAACUCCAGCCGCAGAUGAUACUCGCCUCACCAGGCUGCCAGAAGCUCGCCGUCAGGCUAGCAAAGACCCCCGGAACCGCCGUCGUUGCCGUUGGCGAGGUCCAGCUCAACCAGGUCGCAGUCAACGACAACACCACACUGCCGAUAGUCGCACCCGAAGGCCCUCUCUUCGUGCUCUUCACCUCUGGCACCACUGGAACGCCCAAAGGCGUCAUCGUCACGCAUUCCAACUUUAGCAGCACCAUCCUCCAUCAGCACCACUACUUCGGCUACAACCCGUCCGCCCGCGUGUACGACUUCUCCUCCUACGCCUUCGACGCCGCCUGGCUCAACCUCCUCCUCUCCCUCUCCCCCCCCGGGCGCCCCCUGCCUCGGCUCCGCGUCACGCACGUCGACAUGACCCCCACGGCUGCCGGGUUGCUGCCGGAGCGCGCCCUGCGCCGACUGCGCGCCAUGACGCUCGGCGGCGAGCAGCUCCGCCCCGCCGACGCCCGCCGCUGGGCGCGCCUCGUUGGCUCCUUGCGCAACAUGUACGGCCCCAGCGAGUGCACCGCCACGGCCACCAUCCUGAGCGUCGACCCGGAGGCCAUGGUCAAGGACAGCAUCGGGCGGGGCGUCGGCCUCUGCACGUGGAUCGUGGACCCGGAGACGGCGACGGCGCUGGUGCCGGUCGGUUGUGUCGGGGAGCUGCUGCUGGAGGGUCCGCUGGUCGGCCCGGGCUAUCUUAACGAGCCGGAAAAGACGGCGGCGGCUUUCAUCGAGGAUCCUGCCUGGCUGCUGCGAGGCGGACCGAACCACGGUGGCCGUCGUGGUCGGUUGUACAGGACAGGUGAUCUGGUCCGCUACCAUCACGAUGGCAGCAUCGUGUACGUCGGCCGCAAGGACACGCAAGUCAAGGUCAACGGUCAGCGCCUCGAGCUAGGCGGCGUCGAGCACGUCAUCCAGGAAUACCUCUCCAGCACUGGCAGCCAAACCUCUGUCGUCGUCGAGCUCGUCAAGCCCUCCCAAGCCCAGAGGCCCGUCCUCGUCGCCUUCCUCGACACCUCGCAGACCUCCAACCUCCAGGACCUGCAACAGCAGCUCCAAGGCGGCCUGGAGGAGGUCCUCACGCAGCACCUGCCCACCAACGUGACCGUCACCGCCUUCCUGCCCGCGGCCGGCCUCCCGCAAACAGCCACCGGCAAGCUGGACCGCAAGGCGCUGCGCGUUCGCGCCGAGGCCGCCACGCUGCAGGAGCUCGCGGCCGCCAACCUGCACCAAGUCAAGAAGCGCGCGCCGGGCACGCCCGCCGAGAUCCUGCUGCGGGAGCUGUGGGCGACGGUGCUGGGCGUGGACGCGGAGGGCAUCGGCGCCGACGACAGCUUCAUGCGCGUCGGCGGCGACUCCAUCGGCGCGAUGCGGCUGGUCGGCGCGGCGCGCCGGCGCGGUCAACUGCUCACCGUCGCCGACGUCCUCCUGCACCCGAAGCUGUGCGACGCCGCGCAGCGACUGCAGCGCAUCAACGACGAACCCGCUCAGGCCGUGGAAGCAGCAGGGCCGUCGCCUCUACCGACGGCGGUGUCGUCCGGCAUCUCCGAGGAGCGUCUCGGGGCAGUACUACAGAGAUUGGGUCGCUCCCACGACGAGCAGCCGCAGGACGUGCUGCCCGUCACCGACGAGCAGGCGCGCAGUCUAGCCAUGACCUACUCUACCUCCCGGAGCAUGCUCUUCUACCACGCUCUCGACCGCCCCGCCGCCUCCUCCGGCGCCGACCUACUACACAUCGUCCGGGCGUGCUCCGUCCUGGUCUCGCGCUUCGACAUCCUGCGUACCGCCUUCGUCGUCGACGGCGACUCCUUCCUGCAAGUCGUCCUCCGCUCCGCGAAGCCCGAGGUGGCCACCAUCCUAGACGACGACCUCGAGGUGUGCACGGCCGCCCUGCUACGUCGCGAAUCCUCCAAGCCGCUCGACCUCGGCGCGCCGCUGACCAAGUUCUUCGUCAUCUACUCCGAGACGCAUCAGACGUACCGUGUGGUGAUGAGGCUGUCGCACGCGCAGUUUGACGCUAUCAGUCUGGGGCAGAUGUGGUCCGCCUUCGAGGACGCCUGCAAGGACUCCGUCGUCACGCUUGGUGCGGACCCGGUCGCCAGCUUCGCCGCCCACAUGCGGUCCCUCUCCGGGCUUGACCGGCCGGAGGCGGUUGCCUACUGGCGCGAGCUUCUGCGCGGCUCCUCCGUCACGCGGCUGAACGAGCGCGCCCCCCACGCCCUCUCACGCCGCGGCGCCGACGUCUCCAUCACCAAGUCGAUCCCGCAAAGCCAGCUCCGCUCGAUCGACCACACGCUCCCCACCGUUCUCGGCGCAGCCUGGGCGUACGUGCUGGCCAAGCGCUCAGAGAUGACCGACAUCGUCCUCGGCGUCCUCACGCACGGCCGCGACCACCCGGCCAGCGAGGCCGUCAUCGGGCCCUGCGUCAACGUCGUGCCUCUGCGCGUCACUCUCCAAGAUGGUUGGCGCGUCGCGGACCUGCUCGCCGCCGCACAUGCCCAGCGCGUGGCCGGCAUCCCGCACGCGCAGCUCGGCUCCCGCGCCAUCGUCCGCGACUGCACCUCGUGGCCUCGAGACGCCUACUUCGGCACCGUGAUCCGCCACAACAGCUACAGCGACGACGAGACGCAGGCGAGCCGCAUGCGCAUCUUCGAGUCCCCGGGCUCCGGUGCGGUCGACGUCGACAGCGUCGAGGUCCACAUCAUCGCCGCGUCGAGCGACGACACAGUCGACGUCGAGGUCAGCUUCGCGGCGGGCGUGGUUCCCGCGAACGUGGCCCGUCAGCUGGCCGCGGACUUGCACGAGACCGUCCUGCGGUUCUGCAGCGGCACCGAGGCAUCGCUAGGGGGGCUGCCGGAGCUGCCGCCCAUGAGGUGCGCGCUGCCCGUGCGGGCUCAGCCCGUCCACGUCAACGGCUUCGAGGCCAAGACGCUGCUCGCCGAGCGCUGCCCGCCUGCCAAGAUCGAGGCCCUGCGCAUGGCCUGGAGGAGCGUGCUCGGGGGCGAUGUCGAGCUGGACGCGGAGUCUCCGAGGACCUUUUUCGAUCUGGGAGGAGACUUGAUCGGAGCUGGUGUGCUGGCCUCCCACGUCGCCAGCCAGGGAUAUCUCAUGACCACCGAGGAUGUGUUUGAGCAUCCGACUUGGCUGUCGCAGCUGGCGUUGCUCGGCGGCCGGGCUCAUUAG